UUAAUUUUCUAUAAUUCAUUAAAAAAAAUCGUGUGGAAGGAAUGGAGUGAAGGAGAUUUUCGAGUGUGGGGUCUGAAUCACAGUCCACACGAACCUCCAAAGCAAGAACACCAAUUUUCCCACAUCACUUUACUCUCUCUUUCCUUCUCCAACGCUGUUUUUCUCACAAGGCUUGAGAAGGAGAGAAUGGUGGCCUGUGAAACAUGAAGAGGAGCACUGUGUUAUGCAUCUCCAAUGGCAUGUCAUUGUGCUUACAAUGCCUUUUCAUUUUCACCAAUAAGAGAAUUCUUCACCUCCAACCACGUCAUGUCAAAGCCAUCCACUAGAUGCAGACCCUUUAUCUUGUCCAUCACUAAUGCCACACCAUCCUACAACACCCUUGUUUCUGAGGCUGUUAGGCUCUUGGUUCCUUCAGCAAGAUUUGAAGCUUCAAAACUGAAGGUUGUUCUAUUGGAAGAUCAGAUAAACAAACAUGCAAGUAUUAUUCCAAGAACCUACAUUCUAUCCCAUUGUGACUUUACAGCAAAUCUAACUUUAGCUGUCUCCAAUGUGAUCAACCUAGAGCAGUUGAGAGGGUGGUACCAGAAGGAUGAUGUUGUAGCUGAAUGGAAGAAAGUGCAAAAUGAUAUGUGCCUACAUGUUCAUUGCUUUGUUAGUGGUCCCAAUUCCUUCCUCGAUCUGGCUGCUGAAUUGAGAUAUCACAUAUUCUCCAAGGAAAUGCCUUUGGUACUGAAAGCAAUUCAUUGUGGAGAUUCUGCACUUUUCCGUGAGCAUCCUGAGUUGCUGGAUUCUACAGUUAGAGUAUAUUUUCAUUCUAGCUCACCAAAAUAUAACAGAAUGGAAUGUUGGGGACCUCUCAAGGAUGCAAUGGAGGGAAAACAACAGGAUCAGUUCCAAGGGUCAAUAAGCAGAGAUUGUCCUGAAAAGUGGCGUAGCCCAAAGUCCAUCUUCCAAGCUCUUUUUGCUUUUCUUCUUUGAAAUAUAUGAAUAAAUUAGAUUAUUUGUUUCUAUCCCAAUUCCUCCCACAGCUCAGAAUUUCAGGUGAUUCAGACAAAGAAAAAUUCAGCUUGCAAAAAUGAACUAAUCCCGAAAAGAAACUAAAAAAGUUUGGGAAGACCCAGAACCAAAAGAAAAAUGUGAAGUUGCACAAAAGCAUAUUCUUGUGCCUCCAAGGCAAUUUGCUUUUAUGAUUUCUGUGACUAAUUGACAUGAAUGUGUUGCCUCUCUCUAA